AUGGUCAAGAGGAGAUCGUUGCCGAGCCGGGCCGGCCCAGCGACGGCUGGGGGUUCGCUUCACACGAAGCCGAACUCAGCUGGCGGAAGGAUCGCCGACAUGACGAUGGAAGCGGUCCCAACCGUUCGGUUUAGCGACGACCGCACCCAAGACCGAGGAAGAGAUGGAAAUAUUGGCGAUUAUGAUGAAGAAUGGAAGAAAGCCGAGUUGCUCAGCGGGGUAGCUGAGUUCUUGCUGCAUGUUGGGCGCAUGGAGAAACCUCGACGAGCCCAACAAAACCUCGCAGCCGAGCUCGGUGACGAUGCGGACGACGACAGUCAAGCCGUCGCUCCAGGGGACCGUCCGCCCCUGAUACAACGAGCGACGAGGGCAUCCAGCGCGAAAUGCCCGAGUUGGGAUUCGAUGCCGAACGUCUCGUGGGAAACCUUUCCACUCGACUAG